GAAGAAGAAGAGAGCAUGAAGCGGGGGGAAGGAGAGGAUCGAGCGAGAGCAAAUACAACAUCAAAUUGUUCUAACCCUCAAUUACGAUCGCCAUCGCCAUGGUCCUCCUCCUGCUCUGAAUUCAUUCGUACACUGAAUUUCCUGCUUGCGUCUCUCUCUGCGCACCGUCUUCUUCUGCUUCUGCAGUUUAGUUGGAGCUGAAGGUUUUAGUCAGACGCGUGGUCGGGUUUUUAGUGGUGCCGUGCUUUGGCGGAUGCGGAGUUUAGAGCAUUGCUCUUGAUUCUCGUAGGUGGCUGGAUGAAAAGAAUUGCAGUACGAAUUUCAACACUUCUUCCACACAAUCCUUAUUUCUCUGAACAGUGGUCAUAGUUCGGAGGGUAGGAGAGAUUGCUUACUGCCAUUGGUUGGUUCCUUAAUAUUACGUUAGUGGUGAACGAUGGUUUUGUCACAGCGCCUCCAUGAGGCUUUUAAAGGCGCUGUAGAAAGGAUGACAAGUCCUCGCACUGUCUCUGCCUUUAAGGAGAAGGGUGUACUCACUCCCGAUGAAUUCAUUCUAGCAGGAGACAAUCUUGUUUCCAAGUGUCCCACUUGGUCUUGGGAAAUGGGCGACCCGAACAAGCGGAAACCGUAUCUUCCCGCCGAGAAGCAGUUUCUUAUCACUCGCAAUGUACCAUGCUUGCGCAGGGCUUCGUCCAUUGAAGAAGAUUAUAACGCCGCUGGCGGAGAAGUGUUACUAGACAAUGAUGAUGAUGAGGGUUGGCUUGCCACGCACGGAAUUGACAGAGUUUUUGGAUGGGGUUGGCUAGAAAACAAGACAGAGGAUGAAAUUGUGCCAUCUAUGGACACUCAAGAAAGUUCUGUGAAGCGGAACUUCAAACCAUUGAUUCCUCAAGAUGAUGAAGAUGAGGACAUUUUAGAUAUGGAUGAUGUUGGAGAUGACAAUUUGGUGGAGACAGAUGAUAGCACAUUACAACCGUACCUUGUAGCUCACGAGCCGGAGGAUGAUCACAUUUUGAAGACCCGGACUUAUGACAUUAGUAUCACAUACGACAAGUACUAUCAAACGCCUCGCGUGUGGCUAACCGGUUAUGAUGAGACCCGUUAUUUGCUUCAACCAGAACUUGUGUUGGAGGACGUUAGUCAAGACCAUGCACGCAAGACGGUGACGAUUGAAGAUCAUCCACAUAUGCCAGGAAAGCAUGCAUCCAUCCAUCCUUGCAGGCAUGGUGCAGUUAUGAAGAAAAUCAUUGACAUACUCCUUUCCCGUGGUGUUAAUCCUGAAGUAGACAAAUAUCUUUUCAUUUUCCUCAAAUUCGUCGCGUCCGUGAUACCAACUAUUGAGUACGAUUACACGAUGGACUUUGAACUUGGGGGUCAGUGAUAGUUAUCUUGCGGGAUUCGUGUCUAACUUGUGGUUCUUACAUUGAGAAUCACCAUCACAAUUAAAUCUCUUGGUAGUCUGGAAAUAGAAUGUUUAAAGGGCUUUGGGAAACUAACAUGAGGGGAUGAGUAGAGACUGAUUGCAACAGCCAAUUGCACUGGAUAUGUUAUAAGUGUGCUUCACCGAUGCUCUCAUGUAUAUGUGUUUGGGAUGUAUCCUAGAAAAAGCUGAAGAAUGAGUAUUUGAAGUGAAGCACAACUUCCAGUUGCAAGUGGUAAAAUCCAUUUAGUUGGUUGAACAACCCCUUCAGUAGUUGCAGGUUGUUGGUAUUGUAGUUGGGGUGCAGUAAAGUUGGGCAGAUACUGCCGCUUGUUUAUAGAUGUAACCGGUUGUCGACAUUGUUAUUGGCACAUUUGUCACACCAGGCUCAAUAAGGUUGUAAAUUUUGGGUUUCUGCGUGAGGCAGCCUCUUUUGAAUAUAUAUGAUCGUUACACUUAGAAGGUCAGUCGGACUGCGUUCGAAUGUCCAUUUC